CCCUCCUUGUUCCUAGCUAAUCAGAAAAAAAAAAAACAAAAAAACAAACAUCCUCUCCUUGUCUCUCGACAUAGAAGUAUUACUGCUAAUAAUUCACCUUCUCUCUCUUUUUCCCUGAACUUUUUUCUUUCUUUCUUGUUUUUAGUAUUAAUGGAGUAUUGGGUUAUGUUAAUUUUAGUCGUAAAACAUUUGAAUUACUAUAUAUUAUCAUCAUCUUCUUCGUCUAAAAAGAGCCCUUCUCUAAUGUUAUCACUCGAUGCUAUUUGAGGGUGCGAGAAAGAAGUUAAUUAAGGCUUAAUUAAUUCUCAUAUUAAUUAGAUUUUGAGGAAUACAGCUAGCUUACAAUAUUAAUUAGUCAAGAAAUACAAACAAUGUUGGAGGACAUGAUUCAUCCACCGGAGCAGCUUCCUAUUGAUGAUGUUUCGAGCCCCGUCAGUGACCAAAUUUUGGAAUUCUGUGACCCUGAAUUCUUCCAAGAAACCCUGCAAAACUCAGAAGUCACUUCCAGCUCAAAUUGUUGCUAUGAGGAGAACUCUUCCUGUGCUAACAAUCUUCCAUUGCCACCAGAUAUCGACAAGUACAAUAGCUACCAAGAUAACAAUGGUAAUCAUAACAGCGCAACCCCUAUAACCACAACCACUGGCACCACAACAAUUACAGCUGCCAAUACUCACAACAUCAAUAGUAAUCUGUCCAUAAUAUUUGACUCCCAGGAUGAGCUUGAUAAUGUACUCUCAGCUUCCAUAGACUUUUCUCCAUCUCCCACCUUGUCUGUCCCUCAAUUUAUCGCUACCCAGAAUGACCAUUUUGAUUUCUCUUUAGUACAACCCCAACUCACAUUAACAAAUCUUGUAUCUGCUGAUGGUCUCUCCCAGUACCCUGCUGCCCCACUCACGGCACAUCCAUUGUCAUCUGUUUUUGAAGAAGAUUGCCUGUCCUCGGUGCCUUCUUAUGUACCUUUGAACCCAUCAUCACCUUCUUGUUCGUUUCUUGGACCUGCAGUGGGUGCUUACAUGCCUGCUGGAACUCUGAAUGCCGCCUCAUUAUCCGCUGACAGUUCUGGUAUGUUCGAUGGUGGUAUUAUUAUGGGUUCUGAAUGGCAAACACUAGAAUUGGAUUUUCAGGGUGAUAAUGGUGGAAUUUAUUGUCCUGAUUCCCUCCAGCAUGUUCUUAACCCUCGUGAUCUACAGGCACUUGGCAAUGAAACUCCAAAUUUGGUGGGGGGGCAUGUGAGUUCUGCUCCCUUGACAUCAGAGAUUUCAAGUUUGGAAGAUUCAACUUUCAAGGUGGGCAAACUUUCUGUUGAGCAAAGGAGGGAGAAAAUCCAUAGGUAUAUGAAGAAAAGGAAUGAGAGGAAUUUCAGCAAGAAAAUUAAGUAUGCCUGCCGCAAAACACUGGCAGACAGCCGGCCUCGAGUCAGAGGAAGGUUCGCAAAGAAUGAUGAUUUUGGUGAUAUUCACAGGACUGUUUGCAGCCAUCAUGAAGAUGAUGAGGAUGAAGAAGCAGUAAUGAAAGAAGAAGAUGUGAUUGAUUCGGAUAUUUUUGCUCACAUCAGUGGUGUGAACUCCUUCGAAUGCAAUUAUUCUAUCCAGUCCUGGAUUAACUAGCUUACCCAUCUCUACAAUUUUGAAGGAUCCUGUUUCAGUCAAGAUGUUAACUUUCCAGGUUAAAUCUAUAAUAAAAGAAAUCCAAUAAUUGGGUGGUCCGUAGAAUAUCCUAGUGCGUCCAGGCAUACAUGAAUGAUUGUGUCAGGACUGUGUAGACACUUGAAUAACAAGGUAGCUUAUGUAGAUAAUAUGUAUCCCUACCCAUCUCCAAGAUCCAGCAGAUCUGUUAAAUGCUGUGGCAUCUUAUUGUGAGCAGUAGCUGAGCAAGUUUGUCAAUGAAAGUUGUUUUUGUUUA